AUGUCGCCUCUUAGUGUGCUAGAUUUGCCCCAGCUUUACACCAAGCCCUCUGCCAAAGCCCUCCUCGACACACUCGCUCUGCUCACCUCCGCGCCUUCAUCCUGGGAUUACAAUGCCGAUCCCGACACAAAAGAUGGGUUAGAUCUAGAUACACAAGGAGAAGUCGAGCGUGUACAAAUCGAUUCGGAAGGAGUUGCACGGUACCUCACAAGCAUCGUGAGCAACAGUCUCAAGUGGAUACCAGACGAAGAGGUCAAGGAAGAGAUAUGGAACCAGGCCAGUCUUCGACUCAGUGAGAGAUCUGGUCGUACAGCAAUGGGCGAUCUAAAUCGCCGGUUCACUAUACCAACACGAGACGGAUCCUUCGAGCUCAACAUCCACGAACCUGCGCUGACGGGAGACGACCUGGGCUUGAAGACGUGGGCAGCCUCUUACCUUCUUGCAAAAAGACUCCACUUGUUUGACCUUAUCCCGCCGGGACAGCGCGAUAAGGCGAGAGUUCUCGAGCUCGGUUCGGGGACGGGAUUAGUUGGUCUGGCGAUGGCCGGCCUCGGUGCAGACGUUGUGUUGACAGAUCUGCCGAGCAUCUAUACCAACCUUGCUCGCAAUGCUAAAACGAAUGCAUCCAUCGUGGAGCAGAAUCGAGGAAUCAUACGGACCGGAGUACUGGACUGGACAAGCCCACAUUCGUGCACACUGUUCCCAGAAGAUGUUGUUGAUACCAACGGCGACGGCGACGCACUCUCUGAGAAGUUUCCACUGAUCCUGGCUGCGGAUUCUCUCUAUUCUCCCGAUCACCCGCAAAUGCUCGUGAAUACCAUUGCGGCUUGGCUUUCGGAAGACGUAGAUUCAAAAGUGAUCGUAGAAUUUCCCUACAGAGCCGCAUAUCUACCCGAGAUCGCCAGUUUCCGUAAGCAGAUGACCAUGAUAGGUCUGCAGAUACUGAACGAAGGUGAAGAGAAGGGCUUCGACGAUUGGGGCGAUGCUAGCAAGGACGAAGAUGCUCUGGUGACCUGUUGGUGGUCAUGCUGGGGGAAAAACCUACCAGGACAAGACUCAUAA